GUUAAAAUGGUGUGUGUUCUUGUUGAGUAGAUGAUAGUGUGUUGUAAAUCAGUAAGUACUCAAUCUAUGUAUAUAUAAAUUACAACAUUCCAUUGCACACUUUAACAACAGCACUAUUAUUCAUAACGAGUGGCAAAAGUACAUGAACUGAAUAGAGAAACUCAGUGGAUUAUUCUACAACUUCAAAAACUAUUAAUCACGUUCAUUAUCAAUAAAAACAACAGAAACAGUGAUAUUAAUAAUAAUGAUCAUUGAACUACGUCGAUUGGGUGUCAGUUUGUUAUGCAUAGCAGUCGGUUUGAGUAUUGCAUCACUGAUUACAGGUCUUUGGGAUUGUGGAAAUCUAUUUGCAUCAUGUCAAAAUACUUCUUAUAAGGAGACUGUAUCAGCUGUUGCGGGAUUAAUCAUUUUAGGCACUGUUUGCCUAUUAAUCAUCAUUCUACUGGAUGCCAUUGCAUUGUAUUCAGAUGUAUUUGCAGCACGUGCUUCUUAUACAACUAUACGUUUCAUCAUUUUGUAUUUGGGUGCAGCAGCUCUAUUGAUCGGUGUCUUAGUGUAUACAUCACUUGUUGGACAUCAUUGGUCAUACUUUUUUGCAGUGACUGGAGCUGUAUUAGCUACACAAGUAGCUAUAUUAGCAAUUAUGUCGUCAAAAUGUGUCACUGUUCGAAGUACUACAACAACCAGAACAAUUAGAGAAACUCGAUUGGCACAUCGGUAAACCAUUGAAUGACCAGUUCGAUUAUUUCAUUUCAUUUUUCAAACAUUUUAAAACAUAUGUUCUCAUUUUUUUUGUGAUCGAUCAAUUUUGCUUCAGUUAAUUACACAUCUUGUAGAUUUGACAGUAUUCAAUGUACCUGUUUUAUGGUUAAAUGUUCAAAUGAUUGUUUCAUUUUCAUGUUUUUUCGAAUAUAAAUAUCAUAUUUAUACAUAAAAA